AUGGCGAAACAUUCACAAAAGGCACCUAUAACGGUAUUGAAGUCUUACGUAGAGAAAUUAGAUGAAGAAGAACUUGAAGAUACAGUAGAGAAUGCUAAACCUUUGUUCGAAGAAGAAGUUAGAAAAAUGCAUGAAAAACAAAUAGAACAUGAACGUGAGAUAUGUUCUGGUUAUAGAGACUCUCCAUACGAACUAGACCAAUGGGAACAAGAAGAUUUAAAGAGAGAAUUUAGAGAAUAUGAACUCGCUAAAGUUUCAUUAGAAGCUGCAGAAGAGAGGUUAAAAGUUUGGGGUCCUUUUUUGUACAAAAAUAUUGUGAGUAAAUGA